CUGGGCUGUGGCAGCUAGAGGCCCGGAGGGGAGGAGAGAGUGACCAUGAGUCUGAGUGACAGGCGGAGAGGAGUGGAGCCAAUAUAUAUAAGGAAGGCUCCCGAGCGCGCAGGUUUCAGAAGCGGCGCUGCGCGCAUGCCGGGAGCACGAAACCAAGAGCCGCAGCUCAAGCCACCUCGGUGCAGUGUAGCCGGGGCACUAGCCCGCUUGCAGCCCCAGGAUUAGACGGAGGACACGUCCUUAGCGCGACCGCCAUCCAGCCGCCCUUACCUGGAUUACUUACCGCGGCAGCUGGAGCGGAGCUCAAGGAGGAGCAGCGUCCCGGCAGAGCUGGGCUUUUCAGGGAAAAGCUAGCGAAAGCGGCGUCCGGAGCAGAGCCGGUUUCAAGGCCCGCGAGUGGAGAGAGCGAAGCCCCAGGGGGAUGGCUGGCGCGACCCGGAGCGCCUCUGGCUGGAUUCUACUGCUGCUGGUGGCACUUUGGCAGCAGCGCGCGGCUGGCUCCGGCGUCUUCCAGCUGCAGCUGCAGGAGUUCGCCAACGAGCACGGUGUCCUAGCCAGCGGGCGGUCGUGCGAGCCCCGCUGCCGGACCUUCUUCCACGUCUGCCUUAAGCAUUUUCAGGCGGUCGUCUCUCCCGGGGCCUGCACCUUCGGCAGCGUCUCCACACCGGUGUUGGGCACCAACUCCUUCGCGGUCGGGGACGACAGUAGAGGCGGAGGCCACAAUCCUCUCCAACUGCCCUUCAAUUUCACCUGGCCGGGCACCUUCUCACUCAUCAUCGAAGCUUGGCACGCGCUGGGAAACGACCUGCGCCCAGAGGCCUUGCCAGCAGAUGCACUCAUCAGCAGGAUCACCAUCCAGGGGUCCCUAGCUGUGGGCGAGAACUGGCUGCUAGAUGAGCAGAGCCGCUCCCUGACGAGACUGCGGUAUUCUUACCGGGUCAUCUGCAGUGACAACUACUAUGGGGACAACUGCUCGCGCCUGUGCAAGAAGCGAAAUGACCACUUCGGCCACUACGUGUGCCAGCCAGAUGGCAGCCUGUCCUGCUUGCCUGGCUGGACUGGGAAGUACUGUGACCAGCCUAUUUGUCUUUCUGGCUGUAAUGAGCAGAACGGCUACUGCAUCAAGCCAGCAGAGUGCCUCUGCCGCCCAGGCUGGCAGGGCCGCCUAUGCAAUGAAUGUAUCCCCCACAAUGGCUGUCGCCAUGGCACCUGCAGCACCCCCUGGCAAUGUACGUGUGAUGAGGGCUGGGGAGGCCUGUUCUGUGAUCAAGACCUCAACUACUGCACCCACCACUCCCCAUGCAAGAAUGGGGCGACAUGCUCCAACAGCGGGCAGCGGAGCUAUACCUGCACCUGUCGCCCAGGCUAUACUGGUGUGGACUGUGAGCUGGAGCUCAGCGAGUGUGACAGCAACCCCUGUCGCAAUGGAGGCAGCUGUAAGGACCAAAAGGACGGCUACCUCUGCCAGUGUCCCCCGGGAUACUAUGGCUUGCACUGUGAACGCAGCACCUUGAGCUGCACCGACUCCCCCUGCUUCAAUGGGGGGUCCUGCCAGGAGCGCAACCAGGGGUCCAGCUAUGCCUGCGAAUGCCCCCCUAACUUCACUGGCUCCAACUGCGAGAAGAAAGUGGACAGGUGCACCAUCAACCCGUGUGCCAAUGGAGGCCAGUGCCUGAACCGAGGCCCCAACAGCUUGUGCCGCUGCCGUCCAGGCUUCACGGGCGCCCGCUGUGAACUCCCCAUCAGCAGCUGUGCUCGCAGCCCUUGCGCUCAUGGAGGCACUUGCCAUGACCUGGAGAAUGGGCUCUUGUGCACCUGCCCUCCCGGCUUCUCAGGACAGCGCUGCGAGGUGCGAACACCCAGCGAUGCCUGCGCCUCAGGGCCCUGCUUCAACGGAGCCACCUGCUACACUGGCCUCUCCCUGGACAGCUUCAUCUGCAAUUGCCCCUAUGGCUUCCUGGGCAGCCGCUGCGAGAUCCCUGUGGACUUGCCUCCCAGCUUCCCCUGGGUAGCUGUCUCUCUGGGUGUGGGGCUGGUGGUGGUGCUGGUGCUGCUGGGCAUGGUGGCUGUGGCUGUGCGGCAGCUGCGGCUUCGGCGGCCAGACGAUGACAGCAGGGAGGCCAUGAACAACUUGUCAGACUUCCAGAAGGACAACCUGAUCCCCGCUGCCCAGCUCAAGAACACAAACCAGAAGAAGGAGCUGGAAGUGGACUGUGGCCUCGACAAGUCCAACUGUGGCAAGCAGCAGAACCAUACACUGGACUACAAUCUGGCCCCAGGCCUCCUGGGCCGGGGGACCAUUCCGGGGAAGUACCCCCACAGUGACAAGAGCUUAGGGGAGAAGGCGCCACUGCGGUUACACAGUGAAAAGCCAGAGUGUCGGAUAUCAGCGAUAUGCUCCCCCAGGGACUCCAUGUACCAGUCUGUGUGUUUGAUAUCAGAAGAGAGGAACGAAUGUGUCAUUGCUACGGAGGUAUAAGGUAGGAGCCUAACCAGGACAUCCCAGCUUCGGCCAAGCGGCUGGACCUUCCUUCUGCAUUGUUUACAUUGCAACCUGGAUGGGACAUUUUUAAUAUGCACCGUGCUGCUCUCGGGAGGAGGAGGGAACGGCAUGAACUGGACAGACUGUGAACUUGCCAAGAAAUGCAAUGCCCUUCCACACCUUUGGGUGUCUGUCUGGCAUCAGAUUGGCAGCUGUGCCAGCCAGGGGAACAGAAGAGAGGUGCCACUUGGAGCUGCCCUGGCAGCAGUGGCCUUCAGAGAGCUCCUUUUCCAGAGGGAGUAGCAGUGGGCCCUUGGGGCUUGGAGCUGCUGUGGCCUCCACUGGUGUCUGUGUUUCUGAAAGUGCCUUUGGCCCAGGCUCCCUGGCGACAGCUGGGCCGAAAUCAGAGAGAAGUGAGGGAGCCAACCAGGUCAGGGCCCCGUGUGGGCCACAACGCUGUCGGCCCAAGCUCUUGGCAGGAGCUGCUGUGCAGGAGAGAGGAGCGCCCGAAGGGAGAGGAGCGCUUUUGCCCCGUGUCUCCAACGACUGCAUGUGGGCCUCUCUCCCUGGCCCAGGCCCGCAGGGCAAAAAGGUUGGUAAGCCUUACCGGGCCUCCCCAGCCUCUGGCACUGGGUGCUUCUGGGCUCCUGUGUGCAGGCAGGUGGAGGACCUGCCGCUUCUGCCAGCCAGGGGCGCCAGGCCUGACUGGGGAGCUCAGGGAAAUUAUGUUGGAAAUUCUAAUGAGGAAGAAACGGGGGCCGCUGCCACGUGGUCCCUUUCUUCCCUCAAGCCCACCUCUAUGGCCUCAAGCCCGGGCUCUACCCAUGCCCACUACUGCCCCCAGACCACCUUGGAAGCUGACCCUCAGAAAUCAAUAAUAUGAGUUUUUAUUUUGUUUGUUUUUUGUAGUUUAUUUUGAAGUCUAGUAUUUCGAUAAUUUAAGAAUCAGAAGCACUGACCUUUCUACAUUUUAUAACAUUAUUUUGUAUAUAAUGUGUAUUUAUAAUAUGGAACAGAUGUGUACAGAAGUUUAUUACUUUUCGGGUCCUGUCUUUGUGAUGACAGUGUGGGAAUCCUCCGUUGGUCCUCUAACCCCCCUUCUCCUAUGGCUGCCGGGUGCCCCCCGGAAUCCCCUGGGACCAGUGCACACACUUGGGUUUAGCAUGUUGUGCCCCAGACCUUGGUCACCUUGGGGUCCUUGGGGACCCAGCCUCACCCAUCUGAGUCCCCAACUUAGGCCAGCCUACCUUGCCUGUUGGUUUUGAGGCUGACUACAGCUCACCCUUCCCCCUUUAUGCUCCCACCAUUCCUUGGGGCAUCGUCCCCCUGACUGGACUCUACCCUCCCCACCCUUUCUCUCCUCAAGUCUGAAAAAGCUUAUGGAGCUCCCUAGGGUGCCUGGGGGAUACAAGUGCUUUGGGCAAGGAGACAAUGCUGCCCAUUUUCCUCUUAUUGGCCAGGAUGUUCCUGCAGAGAAUGGGGUCUCUGAACCGUGCUGACAGCUGGGCCCUUCUUCUGCCCUUGCAGGGUCUUAGGUGGGCUGAUGUCCUGCUCUUGCCUCAGUUCCUGCAGGGUGCUGGCCUCCGGUGGGGGUGGGACUUGGCCCUGGGUUUGUCCACCUUACAGCUGAGUGAGAGAGCUGAGGUUCUGGGCACCUUGUCUGCUCAGAGCUCUGAAGUUUAUUGAAGACUUGGAGAUGGGAAGAGGAGGAGGAGGUGGCUUUCCCUGAGUCCAGGUUACUCUGGCUGAGGAAUUAUUAGGGGGUUUCCAGUCUCUCCCUCAUACCUAGCUCCUUCUAAGAGGUGGGAUGGUCCCUGUGGUGCCAAGGUCCUCUCUCUACAGCUGCAAACAUACCCCAUGGAGAGCAAAUGCUGAAAAAAUGAGCCAUGGACAAAAAGCUGAGCAGAGGCUCCCAAAUUUGAGCCUGUUUGCAGUAAAGCAAGAUAGAUCCAUCCGAUGCCUCCUUCCUAAUGGAGUCUAUGUAUAUGGACUGCUCCUUGCCCUCCAUUUUUGUCCUUCUCCCUGACACACAGCAUGCCUGCCCUGAUCUGGGUGACUAUGCCAAAGAACAAGGGUGUAAGUGACAUGUUUAUCUACAUUCCCUCGCAUACACACACUCCACACCUCCCUCACCGGCCCUGGUCCCCUUGCUGCACACACAGGGUAUCAAACAGGAAAGCAUUCAGGGAACUGUUCCCACAGCCUAAGCCGGCAGCAGGGGGAAGAACAACAAGACCUCACUCUUCCUGCCCAAAAUGAAACAGGAAAGCGGCUCCCGGGCCCUGGGGGGCGGGGGAAACUGGGCCCGGACACGAAUUGGAGAUGACGAGGCUCCCAUGUGGGGGACAGGUAGGACACCCGCGGGCCUGCACGUCCACACCUCCAGGCUGUGCAGGGUUGCACAGGCUGUCAGCCUCUCGAGAAGAGUCCUGCGGGGACCUGGCUGGCUAGACUCAUUUGCUCUGAUGCCCUAGAUGGUGAGCUGGGGGAGCCCAUGGACCUUUCUGGGGAAAGGGGGGACCUGUGCAUGGAUUGACCUGGGCAGCUCCAACCUGUAGCUCAUGCCAGGUGCCACCUCUAGCAGCACAGUAGCUGGGUCAGGCAGGCGCUCGGGGUAUGAACAAGCCACAGUGGAAACCCUCUUCCUAGGACUUCCUGAAGGUCCCUCCCUGAGAGCCCAGCCACUUCUCACAGGUAAGAUACCCAAGACUUCCUGAGUGGCCAGGUGUACAGGAGUUGUUCCAGGCUUGACAGACACAAGGCCAGAGGAUAGCUCCAGACUAACCAUGAAGUGCCUUCCUUGAUUUAGCAAAUGCAGGUGUUUAACCAGAGAACUCAGAGUUCAGCAGUUCCUAAACAGCCUGCGGCCGGGCCCUACCUAGAGGAUAAAUAUGGCCCCAUCUGACGUCCAGUUAUGAGGACAUCUGCUUUCUGAGGACCCCCUGGUUGAUAACCACCAGCUCACUGUGGGGAGAUGAGUCCAGGAUGGCACUGUAGAGAAAGGAGAAAUGCCUUUAUUGUGCUCAGGCCAGGCCCCCUCACCUGCCUCGGGGCCACGAUCAGGGGGCAAGGGGAAAAAGGUGUGUCUCAGCACUCCCUACCCUAGGCUAGAUAAGGCCCCCAGACCGUCUCUUUCUCACCGGGACCCCACAGACCUCUGCCUAGGUUCCCUCCCUGCAGCUCUCCCGAGGGCCCGCAGGAUCCGCGGACCC